AUGGGAUCUGCAACAUCUGAAGAUUUUACUGAAGUAGAUGAAUGCAAUGUUUUUGUUAAAUAUCUACCAUGCGAAUAUACUGAAAAGGAUCUUUUCAACUUGUUUCUGCCACAUGGAUCGAUCAUCAAUACCAAAGUGAUGGUCAAUACCAAGACUGGAAGUAGUCUUGGAUAUGGAUUUGUCAGAUUCUCUGAGCCAUCCAAUGCCAAGGACGCCGUUGCCAAGAUGAACCGUCUCCAAAUCGGCUACAAGACCUUGCUUUGCAAGCUUUCCAAGCCAUCCCAAGCCCCAGUCAUCAACCCAUCCAACAUGGUCGAAGACACUGAGCCAAGAGAUCCAUCGGCAUCCAUAUACGUCCGUGUCUUGUCACCCACCAUCACUGACGCACAGCUCCGUGCCGCCUUUGAACCAUUUGGCGAUGUCAUUGAGAGCCAGGUACUCAUCGACCAGGCCUCUGGCAAGUCCAAGCGUUCAGGAUACGUCCGUUUUGCCAAUAUCACCGAGUCGACCAACGCCAUCACCGUCAUGAAUGGUAGUUAUCAUUUGGGUGGUGCUCCAUUGAUUGUCAGAUACUCUUCAUCAAGUAAAUCAACCAAGCAAGCUCAACAAGCUCAACAAGCUCAACAAGCUGUCCAACAACAACAACAAGCUGUUCAACAACAACAACAAUUACAACUUCAAUAUUAUCAACAACAAAAACAUUAUUCUUCAUCCCAACCACUUAUCAUUCAACAACAUGAACGCCAGACAUCUCAAGUCGUUCCACCAUCACCAAAACAUUCACCACCACAACAACGUCAGUAUAUUCUUGACCAUCACCAUCACCACCAUGGUGGAGCUUCUUCUGCUGCCGCUCAACAAGCUCAACAACAACAACAACAACAACAACAACAAACCCAACUUGUAUAUGAACCAAACCACAAUCAAUCACAACCAACAUACGCUUAUAUAUAUGCCGCCGAUCAUCAAGGAUAUUAUCCUGGUGAUCAUCUCACAUACGCUGCCCCUUUGGGCUACCACCACCCUCACCACCCACAUACCAUCCACCAAUAUAUUCCAGUGUCGGCAUCGGCCGCCUACCAUACUAGCUACGACUAUGGAUCGUCGUCGCCAUCACCUCCAGGCUCGCCCACCCACUACCCCAACGGCGCCACAUACUCUACCGCCCCACCCACCUACUAUAUUUAUUCAACCGCCGCACCACCAACCACCUACUACACCUCAGCUAAUAACAAUACUAAUAAUACUAAUAAUAAUCAUGUUAAUUUAAAUUCCAGUACUAACCUUUUAAAUAAUCAACAUAUAAAUGUUUCAUCCUCUUCGUCAUCCAUUUCAUCCUCUUCAUCCACCCCAUCAUCUCCACCAUCACCCUCUAUAAAUUAUGCCGCCUUUAUUGCCUAUCCCUCAAGAUCAGUUUCUCCCAAUCAACCAACUGACUUUGGAAUCAAAAACACUCUCAUUUGCACAUACCGUUAUGAUAUCGAGUUUUCUGAACUCUAUGAAACUUUUUCAAGAUUUGGUUCAUUAAAAAGUUUAAAGAUUAAUAAUAACAAAUUAAACAAAUUAAAAUGUUUUAUUACUUUUAUAAAUGUUGAAAAUGCAGUUAAUGCUCAGAUGAUAUUGGAUCGUAGUAGAAUUGGAAAUCAAAAUAUUAGAGUUAAAUUCCAAUCAGACACUUUACCACAAUCACAUUCUACCACCUUUUAA